CAUAUGGAUCCCCUGCAAUUUGGAUGCGUUGACGCCCGAUAGUCAUCGAAACUAGUUCUGAGCAAACUGCGCAAGGCACCAAUCUACCUAUCUGCAAUUCGACCCAACCCGCCGCUUAUCCGAACAACGUCUUAUUCAAUUUUUCCACGUUGCAACUCGCAUCCUUUAUGGCGAAGCAUUAAACAUCUUGAAGUUUGAUCCAUGGCCACGAAACUACAAAUCGAAGAUGUCACAAAUGUGGCGGAAAAUGACGACAGUCUCAAAGAAAGAUAUAAACAAGUGACAGGUGUCGAUGGCAAGAUUGAGGAAGUCAUACCGAAUCCUGCGUCUGUUCGAGGGCCGUUUACAUAUAAAACUGCAAUUAUAAUUUGGUUGAAUAGUAACAUCGGAACGGUUAAAGUCUUUUUGGGUGAUACGAAUGUUGAAACUUGGCAAACUUCACCGGGAGGAGCGCUCAAAGUUAUAAUGGUGUUUCUCGAACCUGGAUAUUACUCGUGGUGGACGAAUGGAGCGAAAGUGAAAUUUAUUAGAUAAAGUAAGAUGUGUUUGGCGUGUCAACUUGUAUAUAGUCGCAUGAUAUUAGCGCAUAUUUGAUGGGGAAUAAC